AAAUACCUCGAAAGUAAUGUCUUGCCUGAAAUGCCGCCAUCCGUUCAGAGUAAAUUCUACGAAGCAAUUCAGACGGAAAGAUUACGAUCAAUGCCGAAUAGCUUUUUACCUCCAUCGACCAACACCAAUGAAGGAUUAAUUAUGUUGGGUGACGCGAUGAACAUGAGACAUCCAUUAACUGGAGGCGGAAUGACAGUUGGACUGAAUGAUGUCGUCACGUUGGUCAAAUUACUUUCUCCUUCUGAAGUGUCUGAUUUUGUCUACACUGGUCUAAUACUUGAAAAGAUGGAAGACUUUCAUUGGAAGAGAAAGCAAACAAGUUCAGUAAUCAAUGUAUUGGCGCAGGCUCUUUAUGCAUUGUUUGCUGCAUCUGAUGAAUCUACGCGUAUUGCAAGACGGUUGCUUUCAUUAUUUCUUCCUGGGUGGCAACUGUAUUACUGGACCAAUCAGUCUUUUAUCCGGUAUAUGGAAUCUACUUAUUCAUUACAACUAGGCCUUUACUCGAGUUUCCUUUAA